GGGGUGGGGGGGGACAGACGGACGGAGAGCGGCUUCGCUCCCAGAAGGAGGGGAAAAAGAGAGAGAGGGGGGGGGAAGAAACACCGACACCACCACCACAACCACCCCCCCCCCCCCCCGGGCCGCCCACCGCCCAGCGAAACCGGGACCGAGCGGGGCCCGCGGCGCUGCGCCCAACCAUGGACAAUCAGUGCACAGUUCAAGUCAAACUGGAGCUGGGGCAUCGAGCCCAACUGAGGAAGAAGCCCACCACAGAGGGGUUCACUCAUGACUGGAUGGUGUUUGUCCGAGGCCCAGAGCAGUGUGACAUUCAGCAUUUUGUGGAAAGGGUGGUCUUCAGGCUGCAUGAGAGCUUCCCAAAGCCCAAACGAGUGUGCAAGGAGCCCCCUUACAAAGUGGAGGAGUCUGGCUACGCAGGCUUCAUUAUGCCCAUUGAAGUACACUUCAAAAAUAAGGAGGAGCCAAAAAAGGUUUGUUUCACAUAUGACCUCUUCUUAAAUUUGGAGGGAAAUCCACCUGUGAACCACCUCCGUUGUGAGAAACUGACUUUCAACAACCCCACCAAGGAAUUCAGGCGCAAGCUCAUUAAGGCUGGAGGGGUGAUGGUAAUGCCAGAAGGAGCAGAAACUGUUUCAAGACCAAGUCCUGAUUACCCAAUGUUGCCCACAAUACCACUCUCUGCCUUCUCUGAUCCCAAGAAGACCAAACCAUCUCAUGGGUCAAAGGAUGCAACCAAGGAAAGUAGCAAGGCAUCCAAGCCCCACAAAGUAACCAAGGAGCACAGAGAGAGGCCAAGGAAAGACUCUGAAAGCAAAAACUCCUCCAAAGACCUUGAAAGAGAACAAAACAAGCCUUUGAAGGAUUCCUCCAGAAAACCAACUGAGAACAAACUGCCUAAGGAGGAGAAGGCACCUCCCAAAGCUGCUUUCAAGGAACCAAAACUGGCCGUGAAGGAGACCAAACUGGAGAACACUUCUCCAAAGGGUGGGCCCCAGCCGGAGUUAAAGUCUUCCAGCAAGAGGCCCUCCAACGUGGAGUCACCAAAGCCUAGUGCCAAAAAACAAAAAAAGAGUAGCUCCAAAGGGGUAAAGAAUAUCCUAGGGACAUCUCCCAGAACCUCGUCUUCCUCAUACCCAGAGAAGAAACAAACCAAGGAGAAGAUGAAUGCCAAAGUGGAAAAGGUAAAAUCUGAAAGUGAGGCCAAGGAGAUCAAAAAGCCAGUGGAAAUGGAGGAGUCUAAUUCAGAGGAUGAAAAUUCUUUCAAGUCAGAGUCUGUCCAGUCCAGCCCUUCCAACUCCAGCUCCAGCUCCGACUCCAGCUCUGACUCUGAUUUUGAGCCAUCUCAGAACCACAGUCAAGGCCCCUUACGUUCCAUGGUGGAAGAUCUGCAGUCAGAGGAAUCAGAUGAUGAUGACAGUUCCUCUGGAGAAGAGGCAGCAGUCAAAACAAACCCAGUCAGCAGGGAUUCCAGACUGAGCCUUAGUGACAGUGACAGUGACAACAGUGCAGAUUCCUGCCUGCCAAGUCGAGAGCCACCUCCUGGCCAGAAACUGCCCCCAGCAAAUAAUAAGGCAUCUGGAAGAAAAAGUCCAGAGUCUUGUAACAAGCCAGAGAAGAUCCUGAAGAAGGGAACGUAUGACAAGGCCUACACUGAUGAGCUGGUGGAGCUUCACAGGCGACUCAUGGCACUACGAGAGCGCAAUGUGCUCCAGCAGAUAGUAAAUCUCAUCGAGGAAACCGGGCAUUUUAAUGUUACCAACACAACCUUUGACUUUGACCUCUUCUCCCUGGAUGAGACGACCGUCCGGAAGCUGCAGAGCUACCUGGAGGCGGUGGCCACAUGACACUUGGCUUGGGAAGCUUUGGAAACCAGAAAAUCCCCUUGAUUGGUACCAGGAAACGAACCCACCAUGGAACUAGGCCUUCUUACUCUCUUGAUUCACCCGAAGCACUGCCUUAGAGAACAGCCAUGCUCUAGGAAUGCACAGCCAGCUGCACUUUCUUGUAGGCUUCAAACAAGCGCCCGUCUCGCUGAGUCUGUCCCCCCCCAGCCCAACGCUUGGGCACUGGGCCUGAGUAGAGCAAAAAUAACAAAAAACAAACAAAAAAACAAACAAAAAAACGUGCUGCACUUCAGCUGCACGCUGUGACCUCUUUGGUUUUUGCCAUCCUGAAGACUGGGGUUGAAGAGGGAGCACGUUUCCCAGCCAUCUCCAAGAUCCAAGGAAGUGUUGGCUGAUGGUUUUCUUCACCCGACCCGAGGGACCAGAGCUCCGCUGAGCCCCGUGCCCUCCAGCUCUGCCCAGGAGCCUUCGUGCCACGUAGGCAAGAUUGGCUUUUACAAAGCCAGCCCAGAGACUGAGGCCGGAGGAGGCUUCCUGGGGAUCCCACUGCUCUGCUGCAGAGGAGAGGGGACAAGGUUCCAGUUGUCACCAACUUGCCAGUUCCGACCCUGCUGCGGUUCGGUGCCGAGCGCUGCUGUCCCGUGGCUCCCGAUGCCUCCGGGGCCUCGUGGCUCCCCAAGCAGGACCUUCCAGCUCCCUGCAAAGGGACAGUUUGUGCUGUUUGAAGAGGCCUCUAGAAUCUGCUGUCUCCUGCUGGGGUUUUGAGAUGUUCUUGUUUGUUGAUCCGAGCUCCUAAAGAAAGUCUCACUCCUUUCAGUCUGCUUUAACUGUAAUAGGACUACGAAACUGUAAGCUGUAUAUUUUAUAUAUAUAUUAUAUAUAUGUAUGUACUGUAUGUAUAAGAAGGGCCUAGUUGGGUCUUAUGAUCUUAAGGGUGUGUUUUUCUGUUCUGUUUUUUAAUGGCUCUGGCAGGGGAAGGGCGCUUAAUAAGAUUUGACUUGGUUGUUAAAAAGAAAACCAAUAUGCCUCUUGUGGACAAUUUUUGGUGUCUGAAAGCUGAGCAGUGAUCUUCAAAGCAUUUUGUGCUCUGGAAGGGACUCACCUGUUGUCUUUCCAUUUGUCAGUGUUGAAUAACUUUGCCAAAAUACGUGAUUGGUUUUGUUCUGUGUUCUCAAAGAGGAAUCUCCUACAGUGGCCCCUAUAGUAGUGGCUGUACUUUGGGAAAACCAAAACAAGGGAGAAUUUUAUCUCGGGACCUACACGGAAAAUGCUGAUGUGAAAGCAGCUUUGUUUCCUCCUCCCUCUCCCACCCCACUGCCUGCUCAAGAAAUGGCAGGCAACAGAAAACACUAAUCCAGAAUAUUUCAUCUAUUUCUAGUCAAACUAGUGCUGACUUCCCAGUAUUGUCCAGGUGGGCAUGAGGAAAGUCCUGGAGCUUUCAUCAAAACUGCAUUAACACUCCUGAUCCCUAAAUUCCUAAAUUCCUUUUUGGUUUUUUUUUGUUUGUUUUGUUCUUUUUUUAAGAAUUUCUCAGUUUUUCCCAGCAGUGUGUAAGCUUUUGCCAAAUGUUAAGUGGGAGAGCAGUGGUCUGGAGGGCUCAGGAAGGGACCUCCUGUGUCUGUGACACUCCUGUGGGGGAGUUGGGGGGUGACAUCACGCCAGGGCUUUGUCUGUCCCUUCUCCCUUCUGAAAUUGCAGUCCCUUGUUUUGGGUUUUACCCUUUUCUUUAUCAUGGAAAUGUUGCAACUAAUCAACUGAAGUGGCAAUAUGAUGGUAAGCUUGUUUGAGUUGGGUCAUGUUGACCCGAUUCCCAUUAAUUUUGUCUUUGUACCAGCUUUCAUGUGUCUCAUGUGUGUAUAUAUAUAUAUACUGAUAUAUAUAUAUAUAUAUAUAUAAAAACAAACAAUUGAGCUCAUGCCAGGUGCAAACCCUGUCACAACAGUGAUCUCAGCUGUUUUCUUUCUUGAUGGACAAUGCCAAGCCUGGAUAGAAACCCUGUGUACCCUGAGAAGGUGGAGGACAGCAGGAAGAGGAGGACCUGCAGCUCUGCAGUGAGAUGCAGUGGGAUGCAAAGGAUGCAGUGGGAUGCAGUGGAUGCAGCCCCAGGGGCCUGGGCUCUCCCCGUGGGUACCUGCAAACUGCUCCUGCUCUGGGUGGGGUGGAGGAGGCAAGGCUUGGGUGGUCACUGCAGCCCAGAACUUGGCUCCCCAGGUGUGCAGGGGGUUGGGGACAGUGUCCUGUCCCUGAGGCAGUAGGAGCAGUGAUGGGAGCCUGAGAUCUCCCCAGUUUUUUGCCUCCUCUCUCCACCUGAGUGGUUUCCUCCUUGCAGCUCUGGCAGCAUUUCUCCUGGGGCUGUCUGUGGCCUCCAGACUUUCACCAGGUGGGAUUGGAGGUGCCACCUCCCUUCCUGUCCCUGUUGGGAUCCCAGUGGUGAGGCUGCUCCCAGCCAGCCCAGGAACACUGUGGGAGGGUGUUCCUGAUCCCUGCUGGAAGUGCCCCCGGGGGGAGGCUCUUGGCUGUGGCAUCACCCUGUCCUGGGAUUGACUUUCUUUGUGAAGUCUAAUGAGCAUUGAUAGGAAUUUUGUUUGGUUUUUAUAAGAAGUCUUUUACACACGGAUUUUUUUAGACUGUUUAUAAUCUCCUUGAAAAACUUGAAAUAGGAUUGUUCCCCCAUCCCCCUCCCCAUCCCCAUCAGCAAUAGUUCUUUUCCAUUGUGUGCACAUGCUGAUUUGUUACUAAAAGGUUUCUUGCAAGUACUUAGUUGUUCUACAGAGUUGUUGUUUUUUUGGGGUGUGUGGUAGCAUUGGGGACCACAGCAGGAAUGACUCUGCAGACCAAGAAUGGUCAAAUUUGGGCCUCAUUUUGUGUCCCCUCCUAGUUCCAGAUGAGCAAGUUCCCUGUGUAGAUUCUCUCUAGGCUGGCUGAACGCUGUUCCGAGCAGGCCCUGUACAGGUAUUUGUGGAUAAAGUGUUUGUUCUUGUGUCACUCUUGAGAGCAUGGAUGGAUUAUUGUACUCUAGGAAGGAGGUGGCAAUGCUGCCCUCAGCAUUGCUUCAGGUCUUCGAGGAUGUGUAGUAGCUUGCAUUGUUUUAAGGAGAAAAAAAAAAAAAAAAAAAAAAGGAAAAAAAUAGAAAAAAAGGAAAAAAAAAUAGAAAAAAAAAAGGAAAAAAUAUAUCCAAAAUUGACUUCUAGCCAUAAUGGGAGGGUUUUUUUCCCAAGGAAA